CAGCAGUCUCCUAUAUCUGCCUCUCACCAUUUAUCAUUAGUAAUCAUUGACGUGAAUAAUUCUUCGCUGUCUCAAAAGACUUGAACCCCCACCAACUUUCCCACUCCCCCCUCUCCCCUUCUCCUAUAUAUCUCUCAUUUUCUCCUUUUCCUCCUUAUUACCUACCUUUCUUCUAAACUUACAUCUCUCUCUCUCUCUCUCUCUCUCUUCACCUUUCCUUCUCCACAUUUCUCUCCAUCUUUAUUUCUUUCACAAAGUUGGGCCUCAGGAGUACUAAACUGAAGAUGGGUCUCUCUGGUUUCAUGGCUGUUGUUCUAACCUUGGGUUUGUUGAUGGGAUCAUCUAUGGCUCAGGCUCCGGGAGCCGCGCCCACAGCCGCUCCCGUACACUCUCCGCCAACUCCUGCUCCCGCUUCGCCAACUCCAACACCGGCAGUUUCGCCCCCUGCACCAACGCCUGCACCUUCCGUGGCUACCCCCGCUCCGGCUCCCACUCCUAAAUCGCCUCCUACUCCUACUCCCGCUCCCGCUCCCGCUCCCGUCCCGGUAUCAAAAUCGCCUGAGACAGCUCCGACUCCAUCUCCAAGCAUCGCCUUACCUCCUUCAACUCCUCUAUCUCCUGCACCUUCUGUGACGACGACUCCUUCUUCAGGUGCUUUUGGUUCACUCAACAGAGUUGCAGUCUUGGGAUCUGCCCUCUUCGGCACUGUUGCUGUUGCCUUGUUAAUCUAAAGCCCAUCAGUCAUUUCCUCCUCCUAGGAUUUUCAUUUGUCCCCUUUUUUUUAUUUUCAUUGUAUUUUAUUUUUCUCUUUUUUUUUUUUUUUUUUUAUUUAUUACGCGGUUGACCUUGUUUUGUUUACUCGCGGACGGACGGAGAUGAUUCAUUUGGGUUGAUUCUUUUCUGUAAUUUUGAUGCCUUGUGGCCUCGCAUUGAACGUGUGAUCUGAAUAUCUGAUGGUAGAUGGCUGUGGAUUAAUCGCAUGUACACUGAAAUCAUAUGAAUAAAGAUUUUUAUUUUUUUUAAA